GACCUCGCUAAGCACGGGAAGAAGUAGCGGAGCUCUCUCACGCUGCUGCCUGGCUAACUAACGCUCCCUCGUACAUCAUGGCUGCUUCAAAGCCAGUCGAGCCUCAGUCCGGGACAGGACUACCCCGCUGGCAGCUGGCCCUGCUAGUCGGGACCCCCAUAGUGCUCGGGGUGGGGGCGGUUUACCUGUGGAACCGCCGCAGGACGAAGGACAGGAAAGGGACCGGGGAGAGGAAAACACCUGAAGGCAGCGCCAGUCCGGUUCAGGGCCAGGACGGCGCAGCUAGAGCCAACCGGGAGGAGAACAUGAGCCCCCUGGAUCGGGCCCAAGGAGCGAAAAACAAGGGUAACAAAUACUUCAAGGCUGGAAAAUAUGAGAACGCCAUCCAGUGCUACACAGAGGCCAUUGCUCUCUGCCCGACAGAGCAAAAGACGGAUUUAUCAACAUUUUACCAGAACAGAGCUGCAGCCUACGAACAGUUGAUGAAAUGGACAGAAGUGGUGCAGGACUGCUCUCAGGCGGUGGAGCUGAAUCCACGCUACGUCAAGGCUCUCUUCAGGAGGGCCAAAGCUCUGGAAAAACUGGACAACAAGAAGGAGUGCCUAGAGGACGUCACAGCCGUGUGUAUUCUUGAGGCCUUCCAGAACCAACAGAGCAUGCUGCUGGCCGACAAGGUGCUGAAACAGCUGGGGAAAGAGAAGGCCAAAGAUAAAUACAAGAACCGUGAGCCGAUGAUGCCUUCUCCUCAGUUCAUCAAAUCCUACUUCAGCUCGUUCACUGAUGACAUCAUCUCGCAGCCGCUGCAGAAAGGGGAGAAGAAAGAUGAAGACAAGGACAAGGAGGGCGAGGCAGCUGAUGUCACUGAGAGCUCUGGGUACCUGAAGGCCAAGCAGUACAUGGAGGAGGAGAACUACGACAAAAUUAUCAGUGAAUGCACCAAGGAGAUCGAGUCAGGAGGUCGAUACACAGCUGAGGCUCUGCUCCUGCGAGCCACCUUCUACCUGCUGAUCGGUAACGCCACGGCUGCUCAGCCAGACCUGGACCGGGUUAUCAACAUGCAUGACGCCAAUGUGAAGCUACGAGCCAACGCUUUGAUCAAGCGUGGAAGCAUGUACAUGCAGCAGCAGCAGCCACUGCUCUCCACACAAGACUUCAACAUGGCAGCCGAGAUAGACACGCGUAACCCUGACGUCUAUCACCACAGGGGUCAGCUGAAAAUCCUGCUGGACCAGGUGGAUGAGGCUGUGGGAGACUUUGAUGAGUGCAUCCUGCUGCGGCCAGACUCUGCUCUGGCUCAGGCACAGAAAUGCUUUGCUCUUUACAGACAAGCAUAUACUGGAAACAACCCCUCUCAAGUACAGAAAGCCAUGGACGGCUUUGAGGACGUUAUCAAAAGGUUUCCCAAGUGUGCAGAGGGCUACGCUCUUUACGCUCAGGCUUUGACUGAUCAGCAGCAGUUUGGAAAAGCAGACGAGAUGUACGACAAAUGUAUUGAACUGGAACAAGACAACGCUACCACAUAUGUUCACAAAGGUUUGUUACAGCUUCAGUGGAAACAGGACCUUGACUUGGGUCUAGAGCUCAUCAGCAAGGCCAUCGAAAUUGACAACAAAUGUGACUUUGCCUACGAAACCAUGGGAACCAUCGAAGUUCAGAGGGGCAAUCUGGACAAGGCAAUAGACAUGUUCAACAAGGCCAUCAACCUCGCCAAGUCAGAGAUGGAGAUGGCCCAUUUGUACUCGUUAUGUGACGCAGCGUACGCCCAGACUGAAGUGGCGAGGAAGUACGGGCUGAAACCCCCGACACUGUAAUUCCACCGCCAACUGAUCGCCAAUCUCCUCACUGCUCAACCUAACUGUGUUCAAAGUGCAACUGUCUAUUUGAUUUGUAAAAAAAAAAAAAGAGUAUAGGUUAUAUGAGAGGAAAGAACAGCCUGAAUAUAAAUAAACAGUGUUAACGUCAUAUUAAAGGGGUUUGUUAUCAGAGAAGGAAGGCAGGAUUUCUAUUAACAUGAAGCUGUUAUGAAGCUUUGUGGUUGAUUUGUCAGGGCGGCAAAUUCAACCAGAACAUCGCGAUCAGAAUUAAGAGAAAGAUUAUGUCAUCUAUGGAGAGGAAAAUACAUGACGACCAUGUAACACUGUCUAAAUGACAUGAAUAGAAACUAUGUAAGAGAAUUGAAACGUGCGCAGUUUGUUGAACCAAUUACCGACUUAAAGGCUUUUGUGACACUUUUAAAUCUACAGAAAAUACUGUGAGAGCUUCAUAUAGUUCAAAUGGACUGUUCACUUGUUAAUUUAUGCCGACUUAAAGUGGUUUUGUCCAGCUCCUUCCACAUUGUAACAUACUUUAUCAGUUUCAAAUGCAAGAUAAACAAUUAUAGUCAAAUGUGUAAUGUCUGUGUUUGUAAUGCUGGAAACGAUCCCAUUGAUGCGGGGAAACGGAGAGGUUAGCUUAGCAUCCUGAAGAGUUUGUUUUUUUUAAUUAUGGGAUUGCUUGUUUUCUUUUUUUACAAACUGUGCAGCAUGUUGACUUUAUAAAUAAAUGUAAAUGCAAUGCUCGUGCUGUCUUGAACACUAGAACAAUUCUAAGACUGGGAAACAACUUUGCAUUAGAAACCAACUUAAUGUCUUUAGUUUUUUCAAAUUGUUGUUUUCGAAUUGCCUCCAGAAGAUGUCACAAGGGAUAAUGAUGGUUUAGCUCACUUUAAUUCAGAAACAUGAUUUGUUUUCUAUUUUAUUGUCAAAUGUUUAUUUUUCAUGCUACACUUGGUUUCAUGUUUUGACAUUUACCCCAGAAAAGUUGUUUCAUGUUUUCUCCCCUUCUCAAAUUAUGUCACAACUCAAGCCUUAUUUUUUUAAGACCCUAUGCAGCCAGAAGAAUCUCUUGGAAAAGUGUAGGAUUUUGUUCCCAAGUAGCAUCCAUGCCAUCGAGUGAAAGUCAAAUUAGCCACCGCUGCUUAAUGUUUGUACUUCUGGGGUAGCAGUCAUUCAUGUAGCAGCAGUAAUGGCUGUAUUUUGUUGAUAUUUGGUAAUGAUAUGGAAACCAAUCAUACAUUGAAGAUGCUGAUGAGAACUACAUAUUCAGGAAUCAAACAAGAGUUUACCUUUGAGAAAGUUACAUAACAUCAUCAGCAGAUAUUCUGCAGAUAUCCACUGAGUUUUGGCUUUUUGAUAGAAAUUACACCUAACACUCUUCAUCAAUGACAUGUAUGGUGACCAAAGUGACAGAAUAUAUGAAUCCUAAUAAAGUUCCUGGAAUGAAUUUCA